UGCCCAUACUUAUAUAACACUGUUAAUACCAACAAUAACAGUGAAAGAUGAGAUUACUCUUUAUUAUGUUGGAGAAGGUGUCCUUGAAGUAACAUCACAAAUAAAAGAAAUAAAAACAGGUGGGGAGAAUAUCUAUAAUCAUCAACUUACCAAA